UAAACACUCAUUGGUUCUUCUUUUUUGUAGUAAGAAGAAAACAGAACUUAUAGAGACCAUCUUCUGGCAGAAGAUGAUAGAUUUGAACCAGAAAGAGGAGGAGUUGGAAGCCAGGAAUCCAAAGUGAAGAAACUGUGAGCCCUUGGGUUCUUAUCACUGUCACCAUGCCAGAAAUGACAGAGCAUGAGACGCCUACAAAAAAGCAGCACAGAAAGAAAAACCGGGAGACACACAAUGCAGUGGAGAGGCACAGAAAGAAGAAAAUAAAUGCUGGGAUAAACAGAAUAGGAGAACUGAUCCCGUGUUCCCCUGCUCUGAAACAGAGUAAGAACAUGAUCCUGGACCAAGCCUUUAAGUAUAUAACAGAAUUGAAGCGCCAAAACGAUGAGCUCCUGCUUAAUGGAGGGAACAGUGAACAAGCUGAAGAAAUUAAAAAGCUACGGAAACAACUGGAAGAAAUCCAAAAAGAAAAUGGCCGAUAUAUUGAAUUAUUGAAAGCAAAUGAUAUAUGCUUAUAUGAUGACCCCACAAUCCACUGGAAAGGAAAUCUAAAAAACUCAAAGGUGUCAGUUGUUAUUCCAAGUGACCAGGUCCAAAAAAACAUCAUUGUUUAUUCCAACGGGAGCCAGCCUGGGGGAAACAGCCAGGGGACAGCUGUUCAGGGAAUAACCUUUAAUGUUGGUCACAGCUUGCAAAAGCAAACCGCCAAUGUGGUGCCAGUGCAGAGGACCUGCAAGCUUGUGACUCCUGUGUCUAUUUCUGGAGUUUACCCUUCUGAAAACAAGCCGUGGCAUCAGAAUACAGUGUCUGCACUGGCUGCCAACCAGCCUGUUCCCCUUUGUCUUCCCACUGCCAUUUCUGCUCAAAAUAUUCUUGAACUUUCUACUUCCGAAAGCCAAUCGAGUGUGCUUGGUGCCACUGGUGGCUCAUUGAUCACCGUUUCAGUUGGCCCUGAACCUCACCAACAUCAUUCCUUGCACACAUGCCUAAUUGAUCAAAAUGCUUCAGAAAAUAGCAAUGGGCAAGAGAGUCCUAAAUCAAAGAAAACAGUUGCGUGUGUCACAAGCAUCUCCUCCAGCAGCUCAGCACCUGCCUCUAAGGAGCAUCAUGAAACCCAAUCUGGCCCGAGUGUGCAGAGCUCCAGUGGAGAUUUGCAGAACACCAUUGUUGUGUCAGUUACCACCACAGUAUGCUCCGAGCCUCCCAGAUCUACAGGUGAAUCUUCUCCAGUAAGCAUUAGCAAGACAGCAGACUCAACAACUACGACGACAGUAGUGGCACCAGUUCACACUGGAGUAGCGAAGACCACACUCCCAGUGAGCAGUCUUUCUGCAAAGCCUUUGGACAACGGUUGGACUCUUUCAUGUUCUUUGCCUUCUUCAAGUGUUAGUGCUUCAGAUUUGAAAAACAUCAAUAGCCUUACCCGAAUCUCUUCAGCUGGAAACACGCAGACAACAUGGACUACUUUGCACCUGGCCGGAAACACUAUUCAGCCUUUAAGCCAGACUCCGUCUUCUGCUGUGACUCCAGUGUUAAAUGAGUCUGGUACCAGCCCUACCCCAAGCCACCACAAACAUGUGUCUACAGGCAUCACCUUAAGUAAUUCCCUUCCAGCAGAUGGGCAGCCAGUUGAGCAAAUAGUGGUAACUUUGCCUUCGUGUCCACCUUUACCUAUGCAGCCACCAAUUGCCCAGCCACAAGUUAAAUCUCAGCCUCCAAAAAAUAUCCUUCCCUUGAAUUCAGCGAUGCAAGUAAUUCAGAUGGCUCAGCCUGUUGGGUCAGCUGUCACUGCAGCUCCAGGUAACCAAAAUGUUAUUAUUCUUCAACCACCCAGUACAACCCCAUGCCCAACAAUGUUGAGGGCAGAGGUUCCCAACCAAACAGUAGGUCAACAGAUUGUCAUCAUACAGGCAGCCAAUCAGAACCCUUUGCCACUCCUCUCUGCUCCCCAUCCUGGUCCUGUUCGACUUCCUGUCAAUGGAGCCAGUGCUAUAAUAGGGUCUCAUAAUUCAGUGCAAAGUGUGCCAGCCCCACAGACUUUUGGAGGAAAGCAUCUUGUCCACAUACUACCAAGACCUUCAUCUUUAUCCACGACUAAUUCAACCCAAACUUUUUCUGUUACCAUGUCAAACCAACAGCAGCCUCAAACCAUUUCUUUAAAUGGACAACUCUUUGCAUUGCAGCCUGUCAUGUCUUCAUCAGGAACUACAAAUCAAACCCCUAUGCAAAUUAUUCAACCCACCACCAGUGAAGAUCCAAAUACAAAUGUUGCCCUGAACACAUUUGGGGCUUUGGCCAGCCUCAAUCAGAGCAUAUCACAGAUGGCUGGGCAAAGUUGUGUGCAAUUGUCUAUUAGCCAGUCUGCUAAUCCUCAGACUUCUGCAAAUAGUCAAACCAGCCCAGCUAACUGUGCUUCACUAACAACAACUGUAGCACCUACCAUGACAACAGAUAAUUUAGCCACAUUACCCAGUACUUACAGUCUUGCAGCAGCUUCCUCAACAAACACCAUCACUUGUUUGCCCCCUACUAUGAAAUCAAAAAGACUGAACAAGAAGCCAGGUGCCAAGAAACACUUAGCAGUUAACAAGCCAGCAUGUCCCCUGAAUUCAGUCAGAGAUGUGGGCAAGCUAGAUGGCCCCAGAACAGACAGCUCAACAGAGCUGUCAUGUAGUGAUGGACAGCUGGACAGCCUUCCUGUCAACCUACCGUCUGUUGCUGUGUCCCAGGCAAAGAGUGUUAGUAUUUCUACUUCACAUUCUUUGGACAUUCUGAAUUCUGAAUCAGUAAUCCCUGAGUCUGUGUCCAAGUCUAAGUCAGUAGAAGACUGUAGCUCAUCCUCCCAAGAAUCUGAAACAAAUGAACAAUUUGCAGUGGCCCCAGCAAAAUCCAAAGAUUCUACUCCCAUCUUGCAAGAGACAUCUCAGGGUACACCACCAACUACUGUAGCAUUGUCUAGUGCUACAAAAUCCUGUACUUCAACCCAUGUGUUGAUUCCAUCUCCUAUCGAAUCCCAGAUUUUGGUUUCUCAGGUUUCUGGUAUGUCAUCUACUACAAGCACUUCAAGCACUGACUGUAUUUCUGAGGUAGAGAUUGUGGCAGAACCUUGCCCAGUUCAGCAAGAUUCACUGAACAACAUGCAGACAGCAGGGCCUUUAAAGGGGCAAGGUCUAACUAUGUUGCUGUCUGAUCUUACUAAAGAAAAAGACCUUCAGAAAUCAUCUCUUUCUGUCCAGAUUGAUCACCCUGAUUUUUCUCCAGAAAAUUCUAAGAUAGGUGAUUCUAACGUUGACAUGCAUCCCAAGCAGGAACUGUUACUGAUGAACGAUGACAGAGACCCACCACAGCACCACUCCUGUCUCCCUGAUCAAGAGGUUCUGAAUGGUUCUUUGCUCACCAGUAGGCAGGCUGACUCUCCUAUGUCAACCAGCUCUGGCAGUAGUCGUAGUUUCUCGGUUGCAUCCAUGCUUCCUGAAACAGCUCGAGAGGAUGUGACCAGCAGUACAACAACUAAUACAUGUGACAGCUGUACCUUUGCAGAGCAAACUGAUAUCGUAGCCCUGGCAGCAAGAGCUAUUUUGGACCAGGAGAACAUUGACAAGGGAAGGGUUGGCACACAAACUGAGAUGAGGGAGGUUACUUCCAAGCCUUCUGAAACCUCUUUAGAGGGAGAGCAGCCUUUUAAACCACAGCUCCAUAAGGAACCGUGCACAGGACAGGCAGAUGCAACACCAAAUGAAUUUAACUCUCAGGACUCAGUGGAAGUCACAGUCGAUAGGCCUCUUGAAAAGCCAAGCUGUUCUCUGGGAAUUAAAACAUCAAAUGCCUCUUUACAGGUGUCGGCCUCUCAGCCACCGAGUCUUACCAGUUUAAGUGUGAAUAAUCUUAUCCAUCAGAGCAGCAUCAACCAUCCUCUGGUCAGCUGCACAGGGUUAUCACAGACUUCCGAGCAAACAUCUAUUCCUGUGACCGUUAAUAUGACUGUUGCAUCCAGUUCUUAUGGCAGCCAGCCUCCUGUGCCACCUCUGAUGACAGAAUAUUCCCAGGAACAGCUGAAUAGCAUGACUAGCGCCAUACCAAAUCCACAGAUUCAAGAACCCCUUUCAAAGCCUAGUCACGAAGGCCGUAAAGAUUCUACAAAGCGCACUGUACAAGAUGAUCUUUUACUGUCUUCAGCCAAACGCCAAAAGCAUUGUCAGGCAGCCCCUCUCAGGCUUGAAAGUUUGCCCUUGAUGAGCAGGACCCCAGACAGCAUUCCUGAUCAAACUCAAAUGAUGGCUAGUCAGAUCCCCACCAACUCUUCAAACUCAGUGGUACCUGCUAGCAACCCAGCACAUGGAGACAGCCUUACACGGCUAUUCCCACCUGGUAACAACUUUGCGGCGCCUGCAUUGAGGCAGACAGAAGUUCAGUGUAGUUCUCAGCCUCCAGUUGCUGAGCAACAGCAGCAAACCCAGGCAAGUCAACAUCUGCAGGCCCUACAGCAGCAUGUACCAACUCAAGGGGUAUCUCACCUUCACACCAACCAUCUCUACAUCAAGCAGCAACAACAGCAGCAGCAAGCAGGGCAGUUAAGAGAGAGGCAUCACUUGUAUCAGCUGCAGCAUCAUGUGCCUCAUGCAGACAGUGCUGUCCACUCCCAGCCCCAUAUUGUGCACCAACAGAGAACUCUACAACAGGAAGUUCAGAUGCAGAAGAAGAGGAAUCUCGUUCAGGGCGCUCCUGCAUCUCAGCUGUCCUUACAACCAAAACACCAUGGGACUGAUCAGUCAAGACCCAAGAGUAGUCAGCCACAUCCUCACCAUCAACAGAUACAGCAACAAAUACAGCAACACUUUGCAAAUUCCCAGCCGGAGAAGAGCUGUGAAAACCCUUCAACUAGCCGGGGCCACCACAACCAUGCCCAGAAUCAUCUCAAUCAAGAUAUUCUGCACCAGCAACAGGAUGUUGGAAGCAGACAGCAAGGUUCAGCGGUUUCUUCUGACCAUGUAUCUGGGCAUAAUCAAAUGCAGAGGCUUUUGCCGACAAGAGGCUUAGAGCAGCAAAUGGUGUCCCAACCCAGUAUUGUGACUAGGUCUUCAGAUAUGACCUGUACUCCACACAGGCCAGAGAGAAACCGAGUGUCAAGUUACUCUGCUGAGGCUCUCAUUGGAAAGUCAUCUUCUACUUCAGAGCAGAGAAUGGGCAUGUCAAUUCAGGGUUCGAGGGUUUCAGAGCAGCUUGAAAUGAGAAGUUAUCUCGAUGUUCCCAGGAAUAAAAGCUUGGCACUUCAUAAUAUGCAGGGUCGAAUGGACCAUACCGUCCCCCUUCCUGAUUGUCAGACAUUCAAACCAGCUGGAGCCAGCCAACAGCCCCAGAGUAAUUUUGAAGUACAGUCUUCAAGAAAUAAUGAAAUAGGUAACCCUGUGCCAUCACUGAGAAGUAUGCAGUCCCAGGCUUUUCGAAUUAGUCAAAACACUGGCCCACCACCAAUUGAUCGACAAAAGAGAUUACCUUAUCCACCAGUUCAGAGCAUCCCAACAGGAAAUGCUGUCCCACCAAGGGAUAAUGAGAAUACAUGUCACCAGAGUUUCAUGCAGAGUUUACUUGCUCCUCACCUUGGUGAUCAGGUCAUUGGGAGUCAAAGGUCACUCUCAGAGCAUCCAAGGAAUACACAAUGUGGUCCAUCUUCGACAAUUGAAUAUAAUUGUCCACCAACUCGUGAAAGUGUUCAUAUUAGAAGAGAGAGUGAAAAUCAGAAUAGGGAGAGUUGUGACAUGUCUUUAGGUACAAUUAACACCAGGAACAGCACUUUGAAUAUUCCUUUUUCAAGUUCCUCUUCCUCAGGAGACAUUCAAGGUCGAAACACAAGUCCCAAUGUUUCUGUCCAGAAAUCCAAUCCCAUGAGGAUUACUGACAGUCAUGGGACCAAGAGCCACAUGAACCCUCCUGUCACAUCCAACAUGCAUGGAGUAGCAAGGCCAACUUUACCACACCCAUCUGUAUCUCAUGGGAAUGCUGACCAAGGGCCUCCUGUACGUCAGGCUAACUCUUCAGUUGCCCAGAGGUCAAGACAUCCCCUGCAAGACAGCACUGGUUCCAAAAUCCGCCAACCUGAAAGGAAUCGUUCUGGAAAUCAAAGGCACAGUAAUGUCUUUGAUCCAAGUCUUCCUCAUCUUCCUCUCUCUGCUGGUGGCAGCAUGAUUCUUGGACGUCAGCAACCUGCCACAGAGAAGAGAGGGAGUAUUGUCCGUUUUAUGCCUGACAGUCCGCAAGUACCUAAUGAUAAUUCAGGUCCUGACCAGCAUACGCUGUCACAAAAUUUUGGUUUCCCCUUUAUUCCCGAGGGUGGCAUGAAUCCACCAAUAAAUGCAAAUACUUCCUUCAUUCCACAGGUUACCCAGCCUAGUGCCACACGAACUCCAGCUCUCAUCCCAGUAGAUCCCCAAAACACUCUACCCUCCUUUUACCCCCCCUAUUCUCCUGCUCAUCCUACUCUGUCCAAUGACAUUUCAAUCCCUUAUUUUUCUAAUCAAAUGUUCUCCAAUCCUAGCACAGAGAAAGUAAACAGUGGAAGUUUAAACAACCGAUUUGGAUCCAUUUUAUCUCCUCCCAGACCCGUUGGCUUUGCGCAGCCGAGCUUUCCUCUUCUCCCUGAAAUGCCGCCAAUGCACAUGGCCAACUCCCACCUAUCCAAUUUUAAUAUGACAUCAUUGUUUCCGGAAAUAGCAACGGCUCUUCCUGAUGGCUCAGCAAUGUCACCUUUGCUCACUAUAGCAAACUCCUCUGCUUCUGACUCCUCCAAGCAGUCCUCAAACAGACCUGCUCACAACAUAAGCCAUAUCUUGGGUCAUGACUGCAGCUCAGCUGUUUAAAUCCAGAGAAACUAAGUGUGAAUGUUUGGGUUGAAGCAACAACUGUUGUAAAUGCACCUGCACAUUGAGAGAGCUUGUGUGCAUAUUUGUCUUUGUUCUGGAUAACCAUUUUUCAAUUAGCUUCUGAUUAUAAGGAAGUCAUGUCAGAGAGGAUGCAUACACUGGGGUUGUCAAAACAAUGACCUUUCAUUUCUGAGUGAUGUGCUUUCUUUUAAUCAUCUAAAUGAUUUACCUUUCCAAAUUUGAUAUGUAGUCUUUUCUUCCCUAAGUACUAAUGAACAAGAAGUUGAAGAGAUCUUGGCACAUGCUGGAUGGUAGGAAGGAGCUGAGAUUUUUAAGCAUACUUGUUGAUAAAUUAUAAAAUAAAUAGUUGAGAUGGUUGGGGUGCAAAUCCAAAAGUAAAAACAACUUGAAAAAUGUGAUUCAUCACUAGGUUGAUGUCAACAUCUAACAAUUCUGAACCAUGGCAAGUGAUAAAUUGAUAAUGAUAAAUUCCUGUAAGUAAAAUCAAGGAGAUAGAAAAUAUAUGAAGCUUUCUUACAUAGACUUCUUUCUUAAUUAUACUUUUUAAUAAACUACCUAAAUUUCAUGUCUUGUUCUUCAAAGUAGAGAACCAUAUUGUCCUUUAAUGUGCCAAGAUCAUGUAUAGCAAAAGUCUUCCUGAGACAAUGAGCCUUAAAAAUACAAAGCUAAGACAAAAUACAGAAAUGCUUUCCACUUAGUACUUGGAUUUUGCAUUAGGCCAAAGAAUAUCAGCAGUUUUACUGUGGAUUUUCCUAGGGUCAGUUAGUGACUAGUGCUUCAUCAGUUGACUUGAUGUAGUAUUCUCUCUUCAUUCUAUUUAUUUGGUCUUGAAAUAAAUUAAUUUACAAUCACUUAAAUAUUAGAAUUGCUCAGUAAAUAUUGUGUUUAGAAGACACAUUUGAGCCUUUUCAGAUACUUCUGAAUAGUUUUAAGCUGUCUCAGUAUUUUCACUUACUAUUUAUAUUAAAUAUUGCAUUGUAAAUUGCAUUAUUAUUCUUCAUAACAAUUAUAGUAAGAAAAUGAAUUCAUUAUUUUUCUUGUAGGUAUGAAAUGGUGCUUCACAAAAAUACAUUCUCUGUGUAUAUCUGAGUUCAUGAGUGAGUGUGCAUGUGAAAACGGGUUUUAAAGUGUGGACUGGUCCUUACUAUUGAAAAUGUAUGUCAUGUACAUGAUGAAUAGAUAUAAUCUUGUCUCAUUUAAGUGUAGACUGGUCCUUACUAUUGAAGAUGUAUAUCAUGUACAUGAUGAAUAGAUACAGUCUUGUCUCAUUAAAAAUGAACAGAUUGGGAAAGACAGUAGGACUGCAUCUGCAAUAGGAAAUGGAGGAUUGCUGCAGAGCAGUGGCUCUCAACCUUCCUAAUCCUCCCACCCUUAAUACACUUUUUCCUGUUGUGGUGACUCCCAACAUAAAAUUAUUUUCAUUGCUACUUCAUAACUGUAAUUUUGCUCCUGUUAUGAAUUGUAAUGUAAGCAUGUGUGUUUAUUGAUGGUCUGUGAAAGGGUGUUUGCAACUCACAGGUUGAGAACCUCUGCUCUAAAGCAUAGGAAAACGUUCUAUAGGGUUUUUUUUUUUUUUUUCAAUUCUUCUCUCAUACAUAACAUCCCAACCAGUUUCCCUCCCUCCAGUCUUCCCAGCUUCCCUCCCCCACCUCUCCAGUCCUCCAGAUCCACUUCUCCAUUCCCCUCCCUGUCAAAAAAGAGCAGGCCUCCCAGGGAUAUCUGCCAAACAUGGCAUAACAAGUUACAAUAAAACUAGAUAGAAACCCUAAUUUUAAGGUUGGGCAAGGCAACCGUAGGAGGAAAAGGGUCCAGCAGUAGGUGCUUUUUAACCCCACUGAAUUAGUAAUGAAUUUUAAAGCACGUAUUAAAUCUUGAGAACUUAAAAACUAAGAAAAAAAUUUUAUGUAGUGAUUUUUUAAAACCAUUUAAACUCUUAGCUUUCAGUUGUUGCUACAUUCUGUUUAAAGCUGAAUGGAGAGAGAGGGAGAGGUACGCAGAGAUGGUCCUGUUGACGUGGUGGAAGUGAGUCCAAGGACUAGCAGAGGUUUGGGGUUUGUUUCCUUUUUAUAUUACUACUUGGGAGCAAGGCCUGGUCAGAGCAAUUACCACUGAAUGCCUAUCUAAAGGUCCAGCAAAAGGCUUGCUUGUCCUCGUCAACUGUUUUCACCAAACCUCUCAGUUUCUGUUGCCCUCGUAAAUCACCCCUUCUGGUGAACAAAGCAAAUCCGUGAUUUCUCCCUGCAUAGUGUUCCUGGGGAGAAGAGAACAUCACAGUUGCAUUACUUAAUGAAUAAGCACCACAAUAGAAAAGUUACUGAGGAAAAAGAAACAUUUGUGAAUAGCUUUAAGCAUUAAUAUCCAGAAUUUUCUGUGUACUUGAAAAGUCCAAUUUGCCAAUUUCAUUAAGGGUAGUGUUCUGUAUGGCCAUUCAUAACUCCCUCCCACCUUCCCUUAGUGGCUGUCAUAUAUGCAUCCUUACAUCAGAGUGGCUCUUGAGUUCUAAAGGGUGGGCUGGCUUGCUUGGAACUAAGGUUACAUGCUGUGAGAAACUCCAGUUUUGUGUUGUGUUUCUGAGAUAGGGAUCUUGCUAUGUUGUCUAGACUGGCCUUGAAUUCCUGGGCAUAAGCAGUACUUCACCUCAGCCUCCUAGGUAGCUGGAACUAGAGGUGCACUCCACCGCCCAGCUGAGAAGCUCCAUUUGCGAUCGCAGCACGAAGUCCUAAAGCCUGUUAAUGCUUUGUGUUAUUUUUGUUUGUUUCUGCUCAUCAGCUCUGUCCUGAGAUAGCAUUUCAUUGUCAGUAGUGCAAUGAGAAUUACUUAGAGUGCAGUACUGUAAGCUAAUCUGACUCUCAGCCUUUUGUGACUGUCUGGAGAGAGAUGUAAAGGUCUUGAAAAUAAUUGGCCUCCUGCUCACAUGGCUCUCUAAUUAAAGACGUAAUGCACAUGUGUGUUAGAGAUCAUUUCAUACAUGGAUUCAGAUGAGAAAGAGUUUGCACUCCUACUUGGUUUAAAAGUCUGGGUACUUAUCAGUGUUAAUAAUUAAAGCUACAUGAUUUGGAGAGGAACCAAAUGGUUUCUGGUAAUAUCUAGAUAAAACUUUAGUUGAAGUAAUGGCAGAAAGUGCAGUCCAGUUUGUUCCUGAGUUUCAUGUUGUCCUAACCUUUUAACGUGACUUUGUAAAGCAUCUCCACAGGUAACUUUGUAAUUUCUGGAAAUACACAAACUUACGCCGGCUUCCUAGGUGAGAGUCGUCGAUUAAUUCACUUUGUUCUAACUCUUGAUCAUACAGAAUCCCUGAACGCGACCCAUUCUUCUCAGCAUUCCACAGUAAGUUCUAAUGAAAUGGAAAUUUUAGAUUCCUCUGUGUAAACGUCUUCAGUGAAUUUGUUAAAUAUGUCAACCAUAGAUCAGAUUAAUCCAUUUUAAUGUUUUUAAUAGACAUUGGGUUUUUAUAAGUCAUAUAUCUCUUCAGGAGUUCUGUUUUUGUUUUUAUCAGAGCAGCUCUGCAGUGCCAGCAGUCACUUGCUGUCUGAAUGGAGGGAAGGAUUCCACAGCGGUGGUGGUGUGAUUUCAGGGAGGUGGGGGCAUCUGCAGCAGCCCCCAGACCAUGAUCAGAGCUAUGCUGAGCUGCAAUGGAGGUUAGCUUCUUACAUCAGCCUUUGUGUUAAUGUUUAAGGGAGACUUCUUCUGCCUUGCUCUUGCCUUCUAACACCAGCCAUCUCGUGGAGGGGCUAAAACUUAUACUCCAAGAAAAAAAAAGUAGAAAUACAUUUUUAAUGGAAACAUUCAAAAUGUUAGGAAAGCAUUGAGACUGUUAACUAUGCUUCUUCCUGGUUUUCUCUUUCCAUCUUCACACAAGUGUGUAGUCUUCUGUUCUCUCUUAGCUGGUCCAUAUCAGAUACAUGGCAGGCAGCCUGGCCAUGUCCAUGGGAUAGUUAGGCCUCUGUGUUGGGAUGUGAUUGGACCUACCCUCUCUAUUAGAUCAAUGUGUGGUAAAGGGUCCCAGGUUUUAUCUGUUUUAACAUCUAUGCCUCUUUCUUAAAGGGCAACAAUCCCUCAAAACGCUAUUAGUUUCAAGUUGGUUUAAGAGAUUUCAGCAUGUGAGAGUGACUGCAUUCCUUGGAUGGGUGAACUUUCCCCCUGUGAUGGAAGGGAAGUUUAAAGGUUUUACCAAAAAUGAAUAGCCUUGAGCCCAUAUCCUCGGAUGCCCGACAGGCACUGCAAGUCUGUCACUAGGUGCUGACUGACUGGAAGAAGUGUGCCUUUGGCCGUUACAUCUGCAGGGCAACCAUUAGCUAAUGACCAGAGAAACUAGUAUGGACUUAAUCUCUGAGUGGUUGUUUUGUGAUGUGUAUAUGCAAAUUAAUUUCUUCUAGAGAUGCCUUUCUGACUGAAUGUUAGCAUUUUGUUUUCCUUCCCCAAAGUUCUACCAAAAAGUAAGGGUUUUGUUUGUUUGUUUGUUCUGUUUGCUUGUUUUUUGCUUAACUGGACUCUGCAUUCUGUUUGUGCUGUGCUGAAUUCUACUAUAAUCAAAUCUAAACUGUUGUUAGUAGCUCCCAUGGGGCCCUCUGCACUCAGAUGGAGAUAGUCCGUGCUGGCUGGGAGAACACACUGAGGACCUUGGGCUCAGAGUUCUGGUUCUCACCCUACACCUCUGCCCCGGCACUACACUCUACCUGAAACUGCCUCUGAUCCAGAGACCAGAUCCCAGAACAUAUCACCCAGCCAGUCCUGUGUUGCAGCCAAGGAGCUACAGGGAUGGCGAGUGCUGUGUAACCAAACACCCCCUAGAUGACAAGUACAGAUAGAUGAUGCUUCUCGCUCUUGCCUUACCACCUCUGAGCCAUCACUGACAAAGUAACUAUCAAGCUGUGUAGCUGAACCCGUAAACACAGAGCUUGUGUGGCAGGCAGUCCUUCCACAUCCUCAUUUCCACAUUUGCAUAAACUCUACUCUAGUGGGUAAUGGGGGGUGGCACAUAUGUCAUCAGGUGCAUCAUAAACAUAAGUCAACCUUGGCUGAGCAUGGUGGGCAUGCACUGCAAGUCACUGGGUGAAUACACAGCCUGUCAGUGUCAUGAGACAUAAACAAGACCUCUCCUAUAAUGUAGCACAUUUUUAAACAACAGAUGAUCUUUAAUUUUUUUGGCCCAGUUAUAUGUAAUAGGAAAUUAGAAUUUGACCCUUUUAAUAUUGUCUUCAGUUUUUAUGAGACCUCUCUGCCCUCCUGCUGCUGAAGUCUUAAAGUCAUUUUCAUCUGUAAGGUCACUAGGUACAGGGCUUGAUGAUAGUGGUAAAUUUUCGGGGUGUUGAGCUGUUAUCUUCCAAGAAGGGACCAGACAGUGUUGCUUAAGAUGCUGCAGCUGUGUUACUGUGAAGGGAAAUUCUUCCACUUUCAGCAGUGUGUGUGUGUGUGUGUGUGUGUGUGUGUGUGUGUGUUUUCAUUUUUUUUAAGGGUUGAAAAUUGAGGAGAACAUGAUUACUUUCACAAAUUAUUUAUAGAUUCACUGGUUGUGAUGCUUACAGUAGGCAAGCACCAGGAAAACAUGAAUUUUAGUGCUUCAGUAGUGUAAUAUUUGUAUCUAUGACCCAGCCAGCAGUUUUCUGUGCACUGUGUCCUAUAACUGUAAAUCACUUGGUUUAUAAUUCUAAUGGAAACUAAUUUGUUUUGUAAUGGAAUACAGAGCAGAUAUGUAUAAUAGGAUCAGGAUUGUCCUACAGUUGUAAAUAAGAAUAGGUCCUGUUUAUUUUGGCAUCUUUUUACAAAUGCAUUGUAUUAGGAUGUGAAUAUCCCAAAACAUGCUCUUGUUUAAAGUUUUGAAAUUUUUAUUGUUAAAUGUAACAUUUUAAUGGUUGUAAUAAUUAUUUGUAUGGAUAUGAAUAUAGUAUUUUAUUUAAGAAAAUAAACUUUGCAAUUUUUGCAUUGCA